CCUCUGAGCGGCAGCCCUGUCAUCUCUGACAUCUCCCUCAUUCGCCUGUCUCCACACCCUGCUGGGCCCAGCGAGUCACCCUUCAGCCCGCCGCACCCCUACGUGGCACCCCACAUGGAGCACUACCUCCGCUCCGUCCACGGCAGCCCCACACUCUCCGUCAUCUCCGCUGCCAGGGGCCUCAGCCCUGCUGACGGUAAGACACACGAGCACCUGAAGGAGCGAGGUCUUUUCGGGCUGCCUCCACCACCACCAGGAACCAACCCUGCCGACUACUACCACCAAAUGACGCUGAUGGCCGGCCACCCAAAUCCCUAUGGGGACCUUCUGAUGCAGAGUGGGGGAGCAGCCAGCACAGCCCACCUCCAUGAUUACCUCAGUCCCGUCGAUGUGUCCCGAUUUUCCAGCCCACGGGUGACUCCAAGAUUAAGCCGAAAACGAGCCCUGUCUAUUUCCCCACUGUCUGAUGCCAGCAUUGAUCUCCAGACGAUGAUCAGGACCUCCCCAAACUCUCUUGUGGCAUAUAUCAACAACUCCAGAAGCAGUUCAGCAGCGAGUGGCUCCUACGGCCAUUUAUCUGCCGGGACAAUCAGCCCGGCAUUCAGCUUCCCCCACCCCAUUAACCCCGUGACGUACCAGCAGAUCCUGACCCAGCAGAGAGGCCUGAGCUCAGCCUUUGGACACACUCCUCCCCUGAUCCAGCCAUCCCCAACCUUCGCCCCACGUCAGCACAUGGCGGUCAUCUCUGUCAACCCACCGCCUGCGCAGAUCAGUAGCAACAGCAACUGCAUCUCUGACUCCAGCCAGAACAAACAGAGCAGUGAGUCAGCCGUGAGCAGCACAGUCAAUCCAGUAAUUAACAAGCGCAGCAAGGUCAAGACUGAAGUCGAGGGCUUGCCCCCAGUGUCCCCAACCACACAGGAGCAUCUGACAGACCUGAAAGAAGAUCUAGAUAAGGAUGAAUGUAAACAGGAGCCUGAGGUUAUUUAUGAGACGAACUGUCACUGGGAAGGGUGCACGAAGGAAUAUGACACUCAAGAGCAGCUCGUCCAUCACAUCAACAAUGAUCACAUCCAUGGGGAGAAGAAGGAGUUUGUCUGCCGCUGGCAGGACUGCACACGGGAGCAGAAGCCCUUCAAGGCUCAGUACAUGUUGGUGGUGCACAUGCGAAGGCACACCGGAGAGAAGCCACACAAGUGCACGUUUGAGGGUUGCUCCAAAGCCUAUUCCCGCCUGGAGAACUUAAAGACACACCUGAGGUCCCACACUGGAGAAAAACCCUAUGUCUGUGAACACGAAGGCUGCAAUAAAGCCUUUUCCAAUGCCUCAGACAGAGCCAAGCACCAGAACAGGACACAUUCCAAUGAGAAACCCUACGUCUGUAAAAUCCCUGGCUGCACGAAGCGGUACACAGACCCUAGUUCCCUCAGGAAACACGUCAAGACUGUGCAUGGGCCUGAUGCCCACGUCACGAAGAAGCAGCGCAAUGAUGUUCACCCAAGGCCACCUCCACUCAAGGAAAAUGGGGACAAUGAGGCAAGUGCCAAGCAGAGCAGCAAGGUUUCAGAGGAGAGCCCCGAGGCCAACAGCACAACAAGGAGCAUGGAGGAUUGCUUACAAGUCAAAACGAUAAAGACGGAGAAUUCUGUGAUGUGUCAGUCCAGUCCUGGUGGCCAGUCGUCGUGCAGCAGUGAACCGUCACCCCUUGGCAGCACCAACAACAAUGACAGUGGAGUAGAAAUGAACAUGCAUAGUGGGGGAAGUCUGGGAGAUCUGACAGCAUUGGAUGACAAUGCUCCUGUUGUGGACUCAACAGUCUCAUCUGGUAAUUCGACAGUCAGCCUGCACCUAAGGAAACACAUGACGACGAUGCAACGACUUGAACAGCUGAAGAAAGAGAAACUCAAGACAGUUAAGGAUUCCUGCUCAUGGGUGAGCCCAGCUCCACAAGCCAGAAAUACCAAGCUGCCUCCCAUCUCAGGAAACGGCUCCAUUCUAGAAAAUAGUGGUGGUUCUUCUGCUACGCUCCCUAAUCCCAGAAUAAUGGAGCUGUCUGUCAAUGAGGUUACGAUGCUGAACCAACUCAACGAGCGCCGUGAUAGCACAACAAGCACCAUCAGCUCUGCCUACACUGUCAGCCGUAGAUCAUCAGGGAUCUCCCCAUCCAAGUAUGCAGCUGCCACUGGGGGCCCUCCUCCAACUCCCCUGCCAAACAUGGAGAGGAUGACCCUGAAGAACAGGAUAUCACUUAUGGAUGGACCAGACCCCACCUUGCCCUCUGUCCGCCUCCCACCAGGACCCAGGCGUUGCAGCGAUGGUAACACCUAUGGCUACCCAUCAGCUGCUGCGUUUCCUCAUGAGGUGCCAGGCAACUGCACGAGGCGGGCAAGUGACCCAGUGAGGAGACCUGCUGGAGACCCCCAGGCCCUCCCACGAGUUCACCGCUUCAACAGCACCAACAGCAUGAACCCCUUCCAUCCUCCACACCCCACGGACAGGAGGAAUUUUGGACUCCAGAGCUAUGGGCACUCGGACGGGAGCCUGCCCCGGCACACCUACUCGCCCCGGCCACUGAGCAUCAGUGAAAACAUCACCAUGGAGGCCAUGUCUGGGGAGGCGGAGGCGCCGGUUGGAGAUGAUGACAUUAUGCUGCCAGAUGACGUGGUGCAGUACAUCAAAUCCCAGAGCAAUGGGACAGCAGCUGAGAACACGUCCAUGGGGUACAGCAACGAGAUGCAGAGCUUCCAGGGAAGCAGGAAGCUGCAGCCUCCAACCUUGCCUGGUGAUGUCUCCCCCCCUCCAGCUUUGCCUGGCCAGCGCAGGAUGGCUGUGGCUGAUCCAAGCAUGAGCCACUUGGGACCCAUGAUGGCAGAGUGUCCCAUGAGUUUUGAAGCUUCCUCAGACAUGAAUAAAAAUAACAUGCCGGUCCAGUGGAAUGAAGUCAGCUCGGGUACAGUUGAUAUGAUGUCUAAUCAGUCGAAGCAACAGUUUUCACAAGGGAACUUAGCAGUGGUCCAGCAGAAGCAGAACUUUGGUCAGUACCAGAACUACAACCAGCAGCAGAUGCAGCUGCCAGAGAACAGUAUGAAUGUAACACAGCAGAGCUUUAUGCAAAGAAAUGUGAGCAUGGACGGGCAAAGGCUAAACUGUAUACAGCUGCGGCAGCAGCCAAUGAGCCUAGGCUCUGGUAUGAACCCUGAUCUGGGCUUGAACACUGGGUAUAACCAACCUCAUCAGAUGCUGAGCCCCAGUGCAAUUAGUGGCAAUCCAAAUCAGAUCGCUCCUUCUUGUAGUAGCAUGGCAGCAAAGUCUGGACCCCACCUUCACCCUCAGCAAAUGGACAUGGCAACUGACCCUUCUUUAAUGGUUGGCAGCAACAGCGAGCGCACAAUGCUGGGCCAGGUCAUGCAUGAACCGAGUCAGCAGAACUACUCAUCUCAGGCAACCCACCUGAACUUUCCCAUGGCUCAGGAGGCCUUUCAUCAGCCUGUCAUGACCUCCAACCAGCCAAGCUUUGAGCCUCAGCAGAGCAUGAUGGGCUCAGUGGCACAGGCAUAUGCACCUGGCAUGGUCCAGCCUCAUCCUCCACCCGAGCCCAGCCCAGCCAACAGAUCCCGAGGCCUCCGCACCGUCCAGCAGCUGGGCUAUAUGAGAAUUCCCCACCCUACAAACACCAUCAGUCCAGGCCAGGAGGCAGCAGAGGCCAUACAUAAAAGAACCAGCGACGUGUUGCCAGCACCAGCCCAGCAGUGCACAGAUGGCACAAGGGAAAACAAUUUGAUGUACUAUUACGGUCAAAUCCACAUGUAUGAACAGAACAGCAGCUUCGAUAAUCACACGGACUGCCGGGUCAGACAGCAGCAGUGCGCACUGAACAGCAAGCCGGCCACUCUGCCUUCCCCGGGUGCGAACCAGGUGUCCAGUACGGUGGACUCGCAAGGUCUUGAGCCACCCCAGAUAGAUUUUGAUGCCAUCAUGGACGAUGGGGACCAUUCGAGCCUGAUGUCAGGAACCCUGAGCCCCAGCAUCCUGCAGAACCUCUCCCAGAACUCCUCUCGCCUGACGACUCCACGAAACUCUCUGACACUGCCCACCAUACCCACGGGAAUAAGCAAUAUGGCAAUAGGCGAUAUGAGCUCCAUGCUAACCACGCUGGCAGAAGAGAGUAAAUUUCUAAACAUGAUGUCAUAA